CUUGAAAGUCCACUCGCUCCCCCAAUGAAAAACUAAAUGCUCCGCGCGGGCACAGAAUCUCUGCAGGCAAAUUACUCCGGAGCACAUUGCUGGGCAAUCCUGUACCGACCAGCUAAAUUCACAGCAUCUGACUCCUGAUCCGUUUCCGACAUGGCAGGUGUGAAUAGCUGUAUAAAAUAUUCCAUGUUUAUCUUCAACUUUGUGUUCUGGCUGAGUGGUAUCUUGAUCUUGGCAUUGGCAAUUUGGAUACGAGUAAACAAACAUGAGCAAGAGCUUCUCAGCAAUGAGGACUCUGACAUGAAUCCUUUCACUGGUGUGAAUAUCUUGAUUGCUGUGGGUGCUGCUAUCAUGCUCAUGGGCUUCCUGGGGUGCUGUGGUGCCAUAAAAGAAAGCCGCUGCAUGCUUCUGUUGUUUUUCAUAGGCUUGCUUUUGAUCCUGCUCAUGCAAGUGGCAGCAGGUAUUGUAGGAGCUAGUUUCAAAUCCGAGUCUGAUCGCCUUCUGAAUGAAACUCUCUCUAAAAAUGUACAACUUUUGAAAGAAACAGAUGGUAAAGCAAAGUCAUUCCAGGAAGCCCUGAAUAAAUAUCAGAAAGAGCUUAAAUGCUGUGGUUUGAUCCAUGGACCUUCUGACUGGGGAGAUAACUUUCAACAGUAUUAUCAGUCAUGUGAAUGUCCAGAUAAUUCAGAAUCUCCUUGUAUGACGUAUGAAGGAAAAAAUGUUUACAAAACGUCAUGCUUUACUCUUAUAAAAGACUUAGUUAAAAAACAUAUUGCCAUAAUCAUUGGAGUAGCGUUUGGACUGACACUUGUUGAGAUAUUUGGUUUGGUAUUUUCUAUGAUCCUGUUCUGCCAGAUCGGGAAAAGAUGAAUCUGUGGAUAUGUCGAGCUACCAUCAGUCAAACUCCUUUAAAAUCUCGCUUUGGCUUUGUAACUUUAAAUAUAUAAGUGCUGAAUAUGUUAGGAGCAGCUGUCUUAUUAAAAUUUCUCAUUUAGCUAGACUAUAGAUAUCUUCCAGACAUAUUGGGCAUAUUUAGGAUUUUAGUGACACUAGGAAAAUAAUAUGAAUGUGCAUUUUUACUCAAAAUAAAA